UGUUACGAUUUUCUCUGAAAGAAGGAGCCCACGAUUACAUAAGUAUCACAUUACGUCACAUAUUUUCCUAUUAUUUGAAGUAUAUCGUUUACUUAUGUACUAUAAUUGCACUGUAUUUUAUUUUUUUUUCUAAAAAUACCUUGCCAUGAUUGAUUUUAUUCUAAUGUGAACUAAUGUGUCAGUAAAAAUAAGUCGAUAAUUUUUAGAUUUGUCGAAAUUGCUUUAUACUCAGGUUAAUUUUUAAUUUGUCAAAUUUACAAGGACCCUUUUUACAGUAAAAGCAAUUCCGACAAGUCGAUCGAGUGAGACUGCAAAUACAAAAAAGCCUGUAAUUCUAUUUAAUUUAUCUACAACAGGUCAAUUAUUUUUGUUCAUUACAAAUAUUUACUGUUAUUUAACAGCAGUAACAGAUAAUUAUGUUCGGUUGUUGUUGGUGUUGCUCUGCACUGAGACCCAGAUAUAAAAGACUUGUUGAUAAUAUAUUUCCAGUUAAUCCUCAAGAUGGGCUGAUAAAGAAUAAUAUGGAGAAGUUAACAUUCUAUUCAUUAAGUAGUCCAGAGAAACUGGAUAGAAUUGGUGAAUAUUUAUUCCAACGAGCUUCUAGAGACAUUUAUCGAAGAAGAAAUGGAUUUGUCAUAAUUGCUAUGGAGGCUAUGGAUCAGUUAUUGCUUGCUUGUCAUGCACAAACUCUCAAUUUAUUUGUCGAAAGUUUUCUAAAAAUGAUCCAAAAGCUGCUAGAAUCUACAGAUUAUCAAUUGCAAAUUCUUGCCACACAAUCGUUUGUGCGCUUUGCUAAUAUCGAAGAAGACACCCCUUCUUAUCACACGCGCUACGAUUUCUUUGUCUCAAAGUUUUCAGCAAUGUGUCAUUCAAAUUGUGAUGAUUUAGAGAUUCGUAAACAAAUUCGACUUUCUGGUAUCCAAGGUUUACAAGGUGUUGUAAGAAAAACUCUUUCUGAUGAUCUAGUAGAAAACAUUUGGGAGUCUGUACAUAUGGAUAAGAUUGUUCCAUCGCUUCUCUAUAACAUGCAGAGUGCAAAAUAUAUCGAUAGAAAAAAUGGUGCACCAGAAAUGCCAACGGAAGAAAGAUCAGAUCCACCCUUAUUCGCAGAAACAUGCAUGAGAGAGCUCGUAGGUAGAGCAUCUUUUGGACAUAUUCGCUGUGUUAUUCGACCUGUGUUAAGACAUUUAGACAACCACCAAUUAUGGGUUCCAAACAGUUUUGCUAUUCAUACAUUCAGAAUAAUUAUGUUUUCAAUACAAUCUCAGUAUUCUUAUACGGUUGUCGAAGCCUUGAUGACUCAUCUUGAUGAAAAUUCGAAAUCUUCCCCAAAAAUAAGAACAAGUAUUGCUGACACUUUGUCAAAGAUUAUUGCUACCGCUGCUGGAGAGAGUGUAGGACCUUCAGUAUUAGAAAUUAUUAACUCUUUGCUGUCCCAUCUCCGCAUCAGUGUAACAAGGAAUCAAUAUUCCAGUAACGAUGAACAACUUUAUCAAGAAGCUUUAAUCAAUGCUUUAGGAGAAUUCGCCAAUCAUCUUCCGGACUAUCAAAAGAUUGAAAUAAUGAUGUUUAUUAUGAGUAAAGUUCCAUGUAGUCAACCAGACCGGGGUAAUACCGUCGGAAAAGGAGAUGUUUUGUUACAAAGUAUUCUGUUAAAAUCGUUAUUAAAGGUUGGUACAAAAUAUCAAACAAUUCAUUUAAAUACGACCUUCCCUCCAAGCUUCUUGGAACCUCUUUUACGAAUGUCAUUAGUAGCUGAUGCUGAAAUGAGGCUUUUAGUGCAGAAAAUAUUCCAUACUUUAAUUGACAGACAUCAUAAUAUUGACAAGCUUGCAAGAGCAUCAAUAAAUGUAUCAGAGCUUGGUUUACUUAUUAAUAAGUCAUCUCGUCCAGACGUGAUAUUUAUUCGAAAGCAUGGACCAGAGAUUUAUUUAGCUCUUUAUGAAUCACUUGAACUUCCUAGCAAUGUUGUAGAAAAUAUUGAAGCAAUAUACACGACUCUGGCCUUACUAAUUGUUGAAUUAGCUUCUGAAGAAACUGUUCUUGAACAGUUAAGACUUAUCUUGAGUAUUCAAGAUCUUGCUUUAACAAGCCAUCAAUUAAAUCCAUCUUUGAAAUAUAACUUGCAUACAAUUGUUGUAUGUUUGUUAGUUCUGAUAUCUACUGUUUGUAAUAUCACAUCUCUUUUCGACUACACCAGUAAGAUUAUUGAAGUACGUAGGAAAGAAUCACAUUUAUUACCUCCACUAAGAUCUCAAUAUGACAGCGAAAUAUCAGGAAGAAUAUCUCCAGCUGUUUUGGUUGAACAAAGUAUUGUUAUUGAAUGUCUCAAAACAUCUGGUUUUGAUACUGGAAAGUUACAGCAAGGAGCAGGAUAUAACAAUAAUGCUCUACAACAUAGACAUUCUUGGGUUGAAACAGCAGGAAGAAAUUCCAUUGCGGACAUUAAUGCUGGAAGUGUCGAGUUAGAAAGUGGUGGAUCAUCACCAGGAGUUCAGAAAAAAUUAGUCGUUGAAGAAUUAACAUUUGAGAGUAUGAAGAAAAUCUUAACUGAGUCAACACACAACCAAAAUGUAGAAGAAGAAAGAAGAACACAACUUUCGGAGUAUUUCAGGAGUGCUCCAUUCCAUGAUUUAGUAUCCAAGACUCAGCCUCAUCAUGAAGUAUUACAGAACAAACUUUCCGAUAUUUUCAAUUCAUUAACAAUUGAGCCAAAAAAUUUAUCUCAGCAAAGUAUUCAAACUACAGACGUGAAGUCGAACAAUAUACCAUCUUAUGAAAUUCACUUUCCUGAAUUAUUCGUAUAUUAAAUUUUACGUUUUUUCAGUUUUUAUUAUUAUAUAAAUUAUUUAUUUAUAUUGACAAUGUUAUAUUUAAUUAUACGGUAGUCGGAUGGGCAAAAAAACUUUUAUUUAUUCGUUAUUUAUUGUAAUAAUAUAAGCUUAAUCUAAUUUGUUGAGCGAUUUCCAUUAAUUUUGCAGAAUCAUUUUUAUAUUGAAAAAAAAAAAGAAAUAUAUUUUGUAAAUAAGCACUUCUUUGCUAUUAAAUGAUAAAGGUUUUUAUUUUGUUGAAACUAUAUAUUUCGAAAGCAAAUUUUAUGUCUUGUAAAAAGAAAAUAUUUCAAAAUUGUAUUUUGGAAGAACUGUAAGAUAAAAUAAAAUUCAUCCAGCAUUAUAACUUUUUCUCUGUUAAAUAGAUUUAAAAAAUUUAUGAAGCAAUUACUGUUAAUAAUGUAAUAUUAUAUGUUGCUCCAGCAUGCUGUUCAAUGACUCACUUGUUGUAAAAUGUAAUUAUUCAUCGACUAUGUAAUGCUCUGAUAAUAGUGAUUGAUCUCUUUCUUGAAAAACUAUGUUACAAUUAUAUUGAUGAUUGAAAGAAUUAAAGAUAUUAAUAAAUGUGAUGAAAGGUUGUAUUAAAAAAA